ACACACAGUUUGCCAUGCAGGGAUUGGAGAUUGCAAUACAGCAGCAGUGCACUGGAGGCCACACUAGGGGCGGAGUUUGACCUCUCAAGUCUCAAAUCAUCACUAAUCCGCGUCGGACAUUCUGGCACAGGCAAUCAAUGGCCCCGUUUGCAAAGAAAAACAGGGACGAUUUUUCACCGAAAUAACAGUGUCUUGCCCGGGUCUGUGUGGCUCUGGCUGCCGCCUGUGUGCGUGUGUGUCGGAGGGAUUGACAAUGCUGCACAAUGACAGAUAGUGCGCUACAUGCGUUUGGACAUAUCUGCAGUGUUUUCUAGCCGGUUUUUGUUUUGAGGAUUUGGGGAGAAGUACUGGCAUUUGCGCGUUGACAGCUGGACCGCCCUGCGCCUUCAUUGGAGGCAAUCAAGUAUCUGCUUCCCUUUAAGACCUCAGAUAUUGUCCAGUUACUGUUCAAUGUCCAGUAUGAGGCUGCCCUGUGGCUGAUCCUAACCAUGCUUUCAACUAACCGCUCCGGAGGUGCGUGGGGAUGAAAUGGAUGGAGCCUGUGGCCAGACCAGCGCACCAGCUCCCACCUCCCAGCAUGUCCAGCAAGUCUCCCCCCAACUCUGGAGAAGUUGCAGGCUCUAACUCCAUGGCAUGGGUGAAGAUGUUUAAAAAACCUGGAGGAGGUCUAAAGAAAUCCUACCAGCCUGGGAGCAUGAUGUCUCUCGCGCUCACCAAAGGCCUGCUGAAUGAGCCCGGGCAAAAUAGCUGCUUCCUAAACAGUGCUGUUCAGGUGCUUUGGCAGCUGGACAUCUUCAGGAGAAGUUUGAGACAGCUCUCAGGUCACUUCUGUCUCGGCGAUGCCUGCAUCUUCUGUGCUUUAAAGAGCAUCUUUAGCCAGUUUCAGCAGAGCAGAGAGCGUGUGCUCCCCUCCGACAGCCUCCGUAACGCCCUCGCUGAAACUUUCAAGGAUGAGCAACGCUUCCAACUUGGCUUGAUGAAUGAUGCUGCUGAGUGCUUUGAGAACAUCCUGGAGCGAAUUCAUUUACACAUAGUUUCAGACACUGCGACUGAUGCUUGUUCAUCCAAAUCGUGCAUCACCCAUCAGAAGUUUGCAAUGAUGCUUUAUGAGCAGUUUGUGUGUCGAUGCUGUGGUGCAUCAUCAGACCCACACCCAUUCACAGAAUUCGUACAUUAUGUCUCAACAACUGCUUUAUGCCAACAGGUUGAUCGCAUGUUGGGGAAGAACGAGCGGCUCAGGUCAGACAUGUUUGGAGAACUGCUGCAGGCAGCAAACAACACAGGUGACCUGCGAAGCUGCCCGAGCAACUGUGGUCAAAGUAUCAAGAUCCGCCGCGUGCUCAUGAACUGUCCAGAGAUUGUCACUAUUGGAUUUGUAUGGGAUGCUGAGCAGUCUGAUCUUAUGGACGAUGUCAUUCGCUCCCUUGGCCCAAGUUUAAACCUGUGUGGGCUUUUCAACCGUGUCACGGACGAAAAUGCCAAACAGAGCGAGCUUCAUCUGGUGGGGAUGAUCUGUUUUUCGAGUAAACAUUACUCAGCCUUUGCCUAUCACACUAAAUCUUCAAAAUGGAUGUUUUUCGAUGAUGCUACUGUAAAGGAGAUUGGAUCAAAAUGGAAAGAUGUUGCCUCUAAAUGUAUCAGGGGACAUUUUCAGCCACUUCUUUUAUUUUACACCAAUCCAGAGGGAUCUCCAGUGUCUAAUGAAGAUGCACCGAGACAAACUACCAUGUGUCCGCGGUACAAAGCGCAAAUAAAUGGUGACACGUCAGUGAAACAUCACCUUGGCAGUCCUAAAAAAUUCCAGGAACCUGUCAUGGAGAAUUUGCAGAGGCCAAGUGAAACAACAAAAAAGGAUCGAGGUCAUCGGAAAACAGACCCAUCACAACACAAAGAGAUGGCACAUGCAAGAUCUUCAUCUCCUCCAGAGAAUGCACCGAGGCCUCCUGUGGACCAAAAAUUUAAAAGCUUUCCACGCACUGAGAAGUCAUCAAACCAUUCAAGCAGAGGAUCUCAGGAGCCACGUGGACAAUCCUAUGGUAUGCAGGGUGGUGGACACAGCCGGAGGAACAACACUUCCCUAAGUGGCUAUGAUCAGGAUAGCUGCCAGGAGCAGUUGGAAAAAAGUGGAAGUGAAGGCAGCCGCAAUAAAUCUAAGUCCACUUGGAGACCCAUUCGGGAGGUGUUAAAUGUGGACAGUGUGCUGAACGAACUGGAGCAGCGCCGUCAACAGCAACAUGACAGCCCGCUGCACAGUAAGCCUUCAUCACAGGAAAGAGUGCACACUGAACAAAACCGAGAGCGGGAACACGUACGCACAAGAGAAGAUCGGAAGCAAAAGUGGUUAAUGACAAUUUAUGAGGAUGAGCAGCGGCAUGAGACUGAGAGCCACAGCUCUGUUGAGUCAGAGAGCAGGGCCAGCCAACAGAGGGGCAGCAGACUUAAGGGUGGCCCCAAGACACUGCUGCGUAGUGAUACCUGGACCAUACAAAGGACAGAGUCUGGCUAUGAGAGCAGCGAUAGACUCAGCAGUGGCUCCACCAAUCCCGACUCGCCUGGCGUUGAUGGUUUUGUUGUUAAAGACCAGAGCUUAACACCGGAGGCACAGUUGCAAAGUCAGCUGCACCAAAAAGGUGGCGAAGCCAAAUCAAGUAUAACAUCCUCACCUUCACACAAUGGUAAACAUCAACCCAAACCUCAGGGAAAGAACCAUGACCAAGUUUCACAUUCACAUCUAAAGUGCAGUCCAAGUUCGAGACGGAAAUCAAAGUACACUUCUAAUUCCUCCAGAAAAGCAGUAUCCUCAGAAAGGGACUCCACCGGUUCAGAUAACAGGCAGAGUGAGCAGCAGGAGCUGAUAAACUGUUGGGGGCACACUGCAGAAAGUACAGCCCUGAGGCACAUUACUAAAACCAGCAGCUCAGAAUGGAACAGCUCCGACGAUCUCGCUCUCUCUGAACCCGAGGACAGAGAAAACACAUACCGCUCCAGCAACAGCGAGGCUAUCGCCUCUGAAUCCCAGUGUUCACACAUGACCCUGCCAUACCACCCUCCCAGCAAUGUGACUGCAGAACCUCUCCAACUGAAAAAUCAGCAUCAGCUCGGAACGACAGGGUCACCUCACCUUCGACCAACCCAGCGGAUCUCUCCUCACCAGGGUGAAACAAGCCACGCAGUGUUUCGUCCAAGGAUGCUUCAAGAACCCUUGCCAUCGAGUCCUCGUCUUUCAUCCACAGCCUAUGUUAGUCCUCACAGGAAGCCUGACAUUUCAGGCCUCAGAACUUUCUCAGAUGCAAGCUCCAAGUCGGGCUCUGACCCAGAGAGGAGUACCCCAUCAUCAUGUGAAAGUGAGGAGAGACCGACUGGAUGCAGAGUGGAACAGGCCGCGCCAGCUCAAGAGGUUUCUCUGACAACAUACUUCACUGUGGAUAACUGUAUGACGGAAACAUACCGUCUCAAGUACCACAACCAGAGGCCUCUUGUCCUCUCUGCCACGGUGCCGCGCACAGUGAUUGUGACUGAGCGCAGAGAUACCAGCCACACACUCGCCACUGACACACAAUCACAAGAUGUGCCAAAAGCCAGACCUGAAACAAGCCAUAAUAGCAAUAAACCCACUGCAAAAUGGAACCCAGUGACAGCCAAAGGACUGGAUGAACGUGGUUUUUUAUGAGUGUUACUUGGUAAGGCUUGUUUAUAUGGAUGGACAUUGGUCAGUAGAGUACUAACUGGAUGCCAAAGAGUUUACAGAAUGGAAAUAUGUCCUGAAGCGCGACUACUCCAAAUUAAGUGGAAUUUAUUUAUGCAAGCUUGUCACAUAAGUAAAACCGUUUUCUAAAUGCUGUCGCAUGUCGUUUGACAGAUUAUCAACUAUCACGUAUUCUGUACCGUCUUCCAUUGUCCCACAGUAUUGCUGCAAGAAGAUUUAGUUUUGACCAAAAUCUUUCUUGUUUUCAGUUUGCACAAAUGGUUCUAGAGUCUUUAUUUUUCUUUUUAAUCACCUUAUGUGAAGUUUAAAAUGUUUAUUUUUUCAUUUGUGCAGGAGUCCUGCAAAAUUGCUGCAGAAAAAGAGAAAUACCAAUAUAUUAGACAUGAGAGAUUAUGGUGAGCCAGAAUUAGACUGAUUAUACUGUGGUUUUUACAGUAUAAUCAAUUAUAUAAUUAAUUAUAUAGAGAUGAAAGAAGGAAGUGUGAUAACAGAUCACACCAUGUUGUUGUGGAAAGAUAGGUUAAAGAUACUUUAUCAGAAUACAAUGUCUUUUCAACAAAAUAAAAACUACAGGUUGAAAGUUUGCGUCAUCAGCAACAGAUUUAAGGUAGUCACUAAUUUACACCUGUCAGAGGAUAAUAUCUGGGCAGCUUACCGACUUUAUGCACAUUGAGGGCUCUAGGUCACCAGGAAACAGACAUUGAAACACUUACGUAUAUUCAGUUACUGAUUUCUUUAAACUUAUCAUUUAUCAGUUAUUUUACAACCUGUAUGUGUUAAUGAAUGACUGAGGGCUGCCCUGUAGCAGUCAUGUUGUUUGACUGUUUGCAUAGAUUCUUCUGCCAUCAUUUAUUAAUAUGUAAAGAUCUUUUUAACAAAUGGUUUUGCAAGACUGUGUUCAGUUUCUGGCAGUCUACAAAUCCUACAAUUUGUUGAAUGAUAUUUUGUAGAGGGGGCAGCCCUCAUGUUAUUCAGUAGGUCACUAUUAACUGUACGACCAUAUCACCUUGUGUAUUCUGCCUUCGAUUGUGCUGGUUCUUGUGAUCCUUUUUUGUAAUUCACAGUGAUGUCAAAUUGUAUUUUUUCAGUCUUCCUUUUAAAGUAGAUGAAUUUAAACAGGUCUGUAUUUGCAGGUAUUUUCAUAAUGAUGCCAAUAUAAUUAAUAUGCACAUCUGAUAUAGACCAUAAACACAACAAUUAUUCUUGUCCAUAAGACUAAUGUUCUGAAACAUGCAUGUGGCCUUUACAAAGUCUUACUAGUUGUGUGUACAGCAUAAGCAUGAGCAUGAUUAUGCUGGACUUUGAGUCCAACAAAUUCUAUUGGAUUUUAGUCAAUUGUAAUAAAAAUUAAAUAGCAAAUUGUAACUAUUUGAUGAUUAGAAAACUUUUGAAACACUUGAAUGUUCCCUUAUCUUGCUCAUGCAAUGUCACAUACUUUUGAUUAGCCAUCCACUGUAAAUAUAAACAUAUGCAAACAAUACGUUGGAAAACAACUGGCUGUUCAAGACAUGCUAUGCAUCCACUAAAACUGACUUUAAGAUGACUUUUAAAGCAGAUUUUGGCAUUUUUUUAAAGCUUUGUAUUCUGUAUAACCAACAUUCCUGAGAACACAUAAAAAUCCGUGUUGAUCAAU